GGUUUUCAUAAAAUGUCGACAAUGACGAUUAGGAAGCUGCAGCGACGUAAACGAAAAUGAAGAAUCGUUGAAAAAUGAAAACUUGAACAAAUCCUAAAUGUCUUCCAGUUAGUAAAACACAGUUCCAAGAUGGGGCAGUGUCUUUUAAUAACCCUAAUAAUCCUACCCCACCUUUCAGGAGGUUUAGGGGCUCCUUCAGGGACCCCAAUACAGGGAAUAGGGGUCCCUACUGUAGACAAUAAAGGGGCCUUUUGUGAUAAAGAUAUUCAAAGAAAAUACUGUGAUGCAUGGUAUGGCGGGGAUUACCAUUCCGCCUGCCAGUUCUGCGGGGUUGGAGGCCAAUGCCCUAGCGGUCAAAUAGAGGCCAGGGGUAUACCUCCAGAUUUCAGAAAUGAAAUCUUGUCUCGGCAUAAUCAUUACAGAUUAGACGCGAGUAGAGCGAGUAGUACAGUUCCUAAUAAACAGCGUGCUUGUCUUCCACCGCUAGAAUGGGACACAGAACUAGCGGAAACAGCUCAGGUUUGGGCUGAUCAGUGUGCCAUGAUAGUUUAUAAAGAUGGAGUUUAUCCCAAAAUAUUUCAUGAAAAAUCUUUCCAACGUUCAACUAGCAGGUUUAAUUCUGCCCCAGGAGUAGGACAGAACAUAGCCUGGGCCCUCACACAGGAGUUAAACCUUACUCAGAUCAUUGAUGAUCUCUGGUAUAAAGAUAUCAGUAAGUUGACCCCUGAACAGCUGGAGGAUUUCCAGCCGGGUCAACUUGACCCUGACUCUCUUCUUGUUACGCAGAUGCUCUGGGGACAAACUACGCACAUAGGGUGUGGCUGGCUGCAGAUUGAAGUUACAGAAAACAGGUAUGCUGAUGUGUAUGACGGGAGAUAUGAGAAUAUAUUCGUCUGUAACUACGGUAUUGGAGGCAAUGUUGUCGGUCAACCCGUAUUCGAACACAAUGAUUGUUUAACAGAACUGCCGACAUAUACUCCUUCUCCUCCUUCUCCUAUUCUGAAAUCCGGAGAACAAGCUAGUCCAGUUGACCGGAGCCGCCUAGCGAGCUGCCUAGACGCUAUUCUCUGCCUGGAGGCUCCAAAGCUCUUGUCGGAGAUUUCAACGGAGAUUAUGACGGUCGAAGUUAAUCCAGAGACUGAAGAAAGUUGCCGAAAAUAUGCAGAUCUUUGCUUUUAUCCUUUAAAUACUCCAUCAGGGUUCAGUAGAAGUGUGUUUGAAUGUCGGAUUGAGAGUAUAUUGUGUUCUCAAAACACCACCUGGGGAGAUUGUAACACCAAUCUUCAGGAUUGCAUUCAAGCCUCUGAGAAAACUGUCGAGGGUUCAACAAAACCAACAGGCUUGGAGUUUAGCGAGUUGGGCAGUGAAACAUAUACUCAAGAGGGGAGACAGACAACAACAGCUAGUUACCUUGUAACAGACAGGGUCACAGCUGUAACUGAUAAAACUCUGUCAGACCCUGUUCCCACAAUUUCAUCUUCAGCCUUUGAAGCUGUCUCUACCACGUUUAAAUCUCCAGGCGUUGAAAUAACCACAACAAAUCCACUUUUUGCAUCUAAAACUCAGCAAAAUUCAGAAAGUUCAACAAACGGGUAUGAAGUCACAACAUGGGAAUAUUCCACGAGUGGCCUUGAGGCAACAAAUUAUGAAACUUCAAUAUCAGAAAUUGCAUCACCUGAAAUUCCAACAUCAGAAUCUACAUUGUCAGACACUUCAUCAACAGACCCUCAAUUCUUGGAAACAACUACAACAAAGUCCAAUUCAGCUGAAGAUGUACCAUCAGACAUUUCUCCCUUGGAAAACCCUGAACCUGAGAUAACUACUAUUUCCAGAGAACCAUCUACCUCCAGAACUACUUCUAUCUAUGACACAGCUACUGAAACUGACAGUGUGACAAGAGCUCUGACUACUCCAAAAGUCAGUAACAUAUUAAUUGAUUCUAACAAAGAUACUACCCAUGACAUUAUCACUGGAAAUGAUAAAACUGAAGACGUAUCAAUAACAAGUCCAACUUAUUCUUAUGAAUUUAAUGAUGAUAUCAGUACCUCUGUAAAAUUGAAAACCCCCAGCUUAGAUUUAGGUGACACUGUGUCUGAGGGAUUUGAUGAAGAUACAACUACUUUUAAUUCUGAUGAACUUGAUGGUUUUGAUAUCAGCAGCUCUGUAUCAUUGAAAAUCCCAGUCAUAGAUUUAGCUGACACUGUAUCUGAAGAUUUUGACAAAGAGACAACUACAGAUAUGCCAUCUAGUGUUGACUCCAUUGAAGAUAUAAAACCUUUUAUUACUGUCAAAGUUCCAGAUAUUGAUAUGGAAAACCUAACAACAGAUUUGUCAAAUGAUGAAGAGUUGUAUUUGGAAAAUGUAUCUACUGGCACUGAAACUGUUAUUGGCACUGAAACUGUUACUGGCACUGAAACUGUUACUGGCACUGAAACUGUUACUGGCACUGAAAUUAUCACUAUGAUUCCAAUAGAAGCUGAAACUGCUACUGCGAAUACUUCGUACAUCAAUGAUAACAAUGAUCCACUCAACUCUUCUGACUCUACUUUCCAAUCUUUUGGGGAUGACAUCAGUAGUUUAGUAAAUGUUAAGAUUCCAGAUAUAAUCUUGGAUGAUUCUGGAGAAGAGACUUUUGAUGAGUUGGUGACUACUGUAAACUAUCUCAAUGAUGAAUCUGAGGUGGGUGUUAGGACUUUUGUUACAGCUAAAAUACCAAUUAUGGACCUACAGGAUAUUACGAUAGAUUUAAACAAAGAUCCUGGCUCCCAGACUUCUUAUUCAGAUUUGAUAUCCAACGUUUCAUGGAACAAUGAAACCACGGAUGGAAUUAAAAAGGAGGUACGCAUAGAAGACUCCACCUAUUCAAUAAACACUCCUGAUACUGAUACAGUAUCAGACAUAUCAAUAUCUUUACGCAAUUCAACUGCUAAAGAUGUAGAAGGAAUGAUUUCAGAAAAUGAAGCAGACGGAGAAGUAAAUUUUGACGGAGAAUUGAAUAAAAACGAUCUUUCUGUGACAGAGAAGGUUGAUCAGUUUAAUAAUGAGAUAGAAGACGAAUAUGAUGAAUAUUCUGAACCAAGUAUGGAAACAAAGCCUGCAUCCAUCAGUCUUGACUUGUUAGAUAUUGAUUCCAACAGCAGUACCAGUACCCUGCUCUACCCUACACAACUUCAGACAACUCAGCUCAAAGACCAGACCACUGAAGUCGACCAGACCACUGAAGUCGACCAAACCACAGAAUUCGACCAUACCACUGAAGUCGACAAAACCUCAGAAGUCGACCAAAUCCCUGAAGUCGACCAAACCACUGAAGUCAACCAAACCUCAGAAGUAGACCAGACCACUGAAGUCGACCAAACCACAGAAUUCGACCAAACCACAGAAGUCGACCAAACCUCAGAAGUCAACAAAACCAUAAAAUUUAACACAACCACAGAAAACGACAAUACCAUAGAAGUCGACAGUACCACUGAAGUCGACAGUACCACUAAAGUCUUCCAGGCUACAGAAGUCGGCCAAACUACGAAUGUCUACCAAACCCCAGAAGUCUCGCAAAAUACGAAUGCCGAACAAACCACAAAAGUCUACCCAACUUUGGGAGCAAACAGUUUAGAGAAGCCUAAAGAAGAAAUCUCACACGUCAAGACUGAGAAUAGUACUAUUUGCAACAGCUCCAUCUGCUUAGAGAUAAGUCCUGAUUUGGAGAGAUUCAUCCUUAAUCUUUCCAACAUAUCUGCAGACACUCAGCUCCUACUGAACGAAACAUAUAAUCCAGAAAAUAUUGACAACGAGACAUUAAUUGUUUUCCAGGAUAUAUAUUUGGAUGGAUCCGGCGGAUUCAAUGUUUCUACUUUAUCAGAUCAAGGUUCGAACCCAGAGCUGAUUAAUCAGCUAAAUGAGGACACAAUACUUGCUCUACUCAAUUCCUUUAUAGGAAACAAUAAAACCGGAUUGAACGAGUCUACGCGGAUUUUUGGGAUUUCCUUUGAUGAUUCUACGCAGCCGACUACGGCUGAGAUAUAUUUUGAUGAUGCAGAGCAGGGUGAUAAUGAAGUAUCUACAGAAUCAGCUAAAUUUGAUGAUUCUACGCAGCCAACUACUGCCGAGAUAUAUUUUGAUGAUGCAGAGCAGGGUGAUAAUGAAGUAUCUACAGAAUCAGCUAAAUUUGAUGAUCCUACGCAGCCAACUACGGCCGAGAUAUAUUUUGAUGAUGCAGACCAGGGUGGUAAUGAAGUAUCUACAGAGUCAGGAACUGAAGAAGUUUUUACUACCUUGGGUGCCCUGGAUACUACGGAUACUAAGGAUGUGUCGGAUGUAGAAGUUACCGGGUUGAAAUCUCCGGUCACUGAAAAUCCGCAAACUCAAACUGAGAAAUCCACCAAAAAGUUUGACGUCUUCGAAAACCCGCCAACUACAGUUAGAACUAAUUAUCCUAAUGAUGAUGAAGAUAAUAAUGCUGAAGAAGACACGGAUAAUUUAACAACUGGAAAUCUAGAUAUUGAUGAGAAUACACCCAGGGAAGAAGUUGAUCCCAAUGAUUACAGAGAAAAGGAGGAAGAGGGAUCAGGGUUCAGCUCUCCCAGUAGGACGGAGCAGAGAGAGUCAGACGAAUCCUUGGUUUUGGCUCAGGAAAGAAACUCUACGGAAACCACAACAAUCUUGUCAAUCUCAGGAGAAAUAUCCUCCUUAUAUCCUUCUUCAACAAUCCCAACCAGUAGCUUAGAAACUACAUCUAAAACAACUAAGGGUGGUUUAGAGACUACAUCUAAAUAUACUCAGGAUGGUUUAGAGAAUACAUCUAAAUAUACUGAGGAUGGUUUAUUGACUACAUCUAAAUAUACUGAGGAUGGUUUAGAGAAUACAUCUAAAUAUACUGAGGAUGGUUUAGAGAAUACAUCUAAAUAUACUCAGGAUGGUUUAGAGAAUACAUCUAAAUAUACUGAGGAUGGUUUAGAGAAUACAUCUAAAUAUAUUGAGGAUGGUUUAGAGAAUACAUCUAAAUAUACUGAGGAUGGUUUAGAGAAUAUAUCUAAAUAUACUGAGGAUGGUUUAGAGAAUACAUCUAAAUAUACUGAGGAUGGUUUAGAGAAUCCAUCUAAAUAUACUGAGGAUGGUUUAGAGAAUACAUCUAAAUAUACUGAGGAUGGUUUAGAGACUACAUCUAAAUAUACUGAGGAUGGUUUAGAGACUACAUCUAAAUAUACUGAGGAUGGUUUAGAGACUACAUCUAAAUAUACUGAGGAUGGUUUAGAUUCUACAUCUAAAUAUACUGAGGAUGGUUUAGAGACUACAUCUAAAUAUACUGAGGAUGGUUUAGGUACUACAUCUAAAUAUACUGAGGAUGGUUUAGAGACUACAUCUAAAUAUACUGAGGAUGGUUUAGGUACUACAUCUAAAUAUACUGAGUAUAGCUUAGCAAAUACAUUGAUACCCUCUGAUGAUUCUUUUACUGAAGCUUUAAAUGAAUCUAAUCCUUUUAAUGGAAUAUAUGAGGAUGAAAUAGAUGGAAUAAACACUGAAGAUGCUACUACUGUAUCAGGAGAAUCUGUGGAUGAUGCUACUGAAACUGGGGGUGUAAAAUCUGAUGAUACUUUUACUGAAACUGGAAGCAUUGUAUCUGAAGGUGUAAUUACUGAAACUGAAAUUGUAGUAUCUGAAGAUACCACUCCUGAAACUGGAAGUGUAGUAUUUGAAGAUACCACUGCUGAAACUGGAAUCAUAAUAUCUGAAAAUACUUCCACUAGACAUGGAAUCGUUGUAUCUGAAGCUACCACUACUGAAACUGGAAACGUAGUAUCUGAAAAUACUACCACUAUACCUGGAAUAAUUGUAUCUGAAGCUACCACUUCUGAAACUAGAAACGUAGUAUUUGAAGCUACCACGACUGUAACUGGAAAUGUAGUAUCUGAAGAUACCACUCCUGAAACUAGAAAUGUAGUAUCUGAAAAUACUACCACUAAACCUGGAGUUGUUGUAUCUGAAGCUACCACUUCUGAAACUAGAAACGUAGUAUUUGAAGCUACCACUACUGAAACUGGAAACGGAGUAUCUGAAGAUACCACUCAUGAAACUGGAAAUGUAGUAGCUGAAGAUACCACUCAUGAAACUAGAAACGUAGUAUCUGAAGAUACCACUACUGAAACUGAAAACGUAAUAUCUGAAGAUACCACUACUGAAAAUGGUAGCUUAAUAUCUGAAGAUACCUCUACUGAAACUGGAAUCGUUGUAUCUGAAGAUACCACUACUGAAACUGGAAAUGUAGUACCUAAAGAUGUAACUACUGAAACUGGAAGCAUAUCAUAUGAAGAUGUAACUACUGAAACUGGAAGCAUCUUAUCUGAAGGAACCACUACUAAAACUGGAAGCGAAUUAUAUGAAGAUUUAACUACUGAAACUGGAAGGGUAGUAUCUGAAAAAACCACUACUGAAACUGGAAGUGUAGUAUCUAAAGAUGUAACUACUGAAACUGAAAGCGUAGUAUCUGAAGAUGCUACAGCUGAAAUUGGAAGUUUAGAAUCUGAAGAUACUAUGGAAGCUGAUGAAGAUCUAAAAAUUUCCUGGGAAUCCACUGAAACUCCUGAAGGCAAUUACACUGUUACUGAGCUGAGCUUUGGAUCAAAGUAUUCAGAGAUACCCCUGGACGAGUUUGAAACUGAGUUUAGUUCUCCAGCUUCGGAUAAUGAGGAUUUUGGUUCGGAUACAAUAAUUUCAAAAACAUCAACAGCAAUCGAUCUUGAUGUAACAGCAACAACACCUCCAGAUCCAACAGCUGUACAAACCACGACAACAGCCUUAGAUCCUGUUUUUAAAGAAUUCACAUUUUUGAAUGAAAGCAUAUAUUACACAUACAGUAGCAAUAUAUCUAUCAGGUUGAUCCUGGCUAUAUGCCUGGAGGGUAUACGGUGUAACCCUAAGAAUGAUUUAACUAGAUGUCAGAUUCUGCACAAACGGUGUAAUUAUCACGUAGAUACUAGUGGUUUAGGGUUUCCUACCCGCGUAGAACUAUCUGAAUGUACUGUAGAGAACAUACUUUGUGGAAUAGGACAUAGAAGUCAGAACAUCAGGUGUGAUCAAACAUUUGCUGAGUGUGCUUAUAACUCUACGCAGCUCACCCUUCCCUCACUCCGCCUCCCCCCAGAUCAACUCAUACAACAACUUCUUACCAAGAACAGAGAUCUGAUUGAAAACAUUCUCAACCCUAAACCUAAAGAAGGAGGUUUGGAUGGAGCUAAAACCCCAGAAGUUGUCACUGAAAACAUAAUUGAGGAGACACAUGAGAGGGAAGAGAUCAAAAACAAUGUAGAAACUGAAAUUGAUCCGACCCAGCUCUUGAACUUGUUUGCAGGAGGAAUUGGAAAUGAAAGUAUUCUGACUAGUAUUCAAGAUGGUAUCUUAAAGGAUGGUUGGAUAAUUGGAACCAACACAUCCGACCUAUUCAACAACGGAACUAUAAAUAUUGACAAUGAGACUCUCCCUAUCUUCCAGGAUUUUAUCCUUGUUCUAGACUCCGACCUGGGGAAUCUUAGUAAACCGGGGGAAAUCACCCUCGAGAAUAUACUCAACAGUAUGAAGGGGGAGAACCCAGGAGUUAAGAUUGUAUUUGAUCCAGACAGCCUCGUAUUCGGGCUCCAGGAAGAGGUUUCGGAUACCGAGGCGGAGAUCCUAAACUCUAUCAAGGAUGAGAUCAACACUGCUGUGCAGAAGAUCGCUGAGAGCUGUGGAGGACAGCUGUGUAUUCAAAGUGUAACCAACAACAGCACAACAAUCAACGCUGUAAACAUUACUCAGCUAUUUUCUAUUGGAGAAUCGUCCAAACCUAUUGAAGCCCCGGGACCCAUAAAGGAUAAUGAUACCCGGGUGGUUAUUAUCGAGCCAAAGAAUGAGGUUCAGGCCCAACUAAGUUUUUGCCUAAAUGCAAUACAGUGCAUUGACCCAGUACCGUGCAUGUUUGCACAGAGUAAAUGCCUCCAGGUGUCUGGUAUUGAACUGCUGGAAGAGAACAAGAGAAGAAAACUAUUCGAGUGUCAGGUUGAUUCUCUUCUCUGCUCUCUCCAAUCCUUGUCUAUAUCAGGACAAAUGGAAUGUGAGAGUAUGUUUAAGGAUUGUGGAGUAGAGCUUGGAAUUGAUAUAGUUGAUGGAACCAUUGUCAGGGUUCAUGAUAUACAAGAUACUGAUCUGCGUCCUGAAACACAAACCGUCCCUGCUGUGCAAACCAAACCAUCUACUGGAGAAACUUCUACAGCUUUCAGUUUUGACAAGAUUGCAUCUGAUUUCUCAGAUGGAAGUAUAACACAGGAUAGUUUAUUAGAGUUUACUUCAAAAACUGUUAGUUCAGAUGCUUCCUCUCCAAGUUUAUCAAGAGCAGGAGGAAUAACAACUAUUUUAUCUUCUACUACAGAAGAUUCAUCUCUUACUCUUUCUACUGCAGUGGAUACAACUCCAACUUCUUCUAGUUCAGAUGAUGCAACUCCUACUCCUUCUAGUUCGGUGGAUACAACUCCUACUCCUUCUAGUUCAGUUGAUACAACUCCUACUCCUUCUAGUUCAGUGGAUACAACUCUUACUCCUUCUAGUUCGGUGGAUACAACUCCUACUCCUUCUAGUUCAGGAGAUACAACUCCUACUCCUUCUAGUUCAGGAGAUACAACUCCUACUCCCUCUAGUUCAGGAGAUACAACGCUAACUCCUUCUAGUUCAGUUAAUACAACUCCUACUCCUUCUAGUUUGGUGGAUACAACUUCUACUCCUACUAGUUCCGUGGAUACAAAUCCUACUCCUUCUAGUUCAGUUAAUACAACUUCUACUCCUUCUAGUUCAGGAUAUAAAACUUCAACUCCUUCUAGUCCAGUGGAUACAACUCCAACUCCUUCUAGUUCAUUUGAUACAACUCCUACUCCUUCUAGUUCGGGAUAUACAACUCCAACUUCUUCUAGUGCAGUAGAUACAACUCCUAUUCCUUCCAGUUCAGGAGAUAAAGCUCCUACUCCUUCUAGUUCAGGAGAUAUACCUCCUAAUCCUUCUAGUUCAGUGGAUACAACUCCUACUCCUUCCAGUUCAGUGGAUUCAACUCCUACUCCUUCCAGUUCAGGAGAUACAGAUCCUACUCCUUCUAGUUCAGUGGAUACAAUUCCUACUCCUUCUAGUUCAGUGGAUUCAACUCCUAAUUCUUCUAGUUCAGGAGAUACAACUUUUAUUCCUUCUAGUUCUGUGGAUUCAACUCCUGCUCCUUCCAGUUCAGUGGAUACAACUCCUUCUCCUUCUAGUUCUGUAGAUAUAGCUUCUACUACUUCCAGUUCUUUGGAUUUAACUCCUACUCCUUAUAGUUCAGGAGACACAGCUUCUACAACUUCUAGUUCAGUGGAUUCAACCCCUAGUCCUUCUAAUUCAGUGGAUUCAACUCCUUAUCCUUCUACUACAGUGGAUACAACAAUUUCACCUGCUGACCAAGGAGAAACCAUCUCUCAAUAUGAUGAUACUGAAUCAAAUACAAUCUUUGCAGAUGACUUAACAAAAACAGCAAAUGAUAUGGCAGCAAAUUCUGCUGAUGAAUAUCUAAAUCAAAAUGAUCAGGAGAUUAUUAAUACUUUGAUAGAAAACAUAACAUUAGCUCUGGAUACUCACCUUGUUGACACAUUUGAUGUUGUUCUUGACAAUGAACUGGUUGGGGAUGAGGAUAGAAUUAAUCUAUCUGAGCCAAAUGUUGAUGAAAUUGUAAAUAUUGUAAAGGAUUCACUGACUCUGGGUCAAACUACAAUACCUCUAUCCAUCAAUUCAUCAUCUGACUUUGAAGUCAACCUGCCUAAACUAGGAUUUACAAUAUCUAUCAGAGAGGAGUAUUACGAUAAUAUAGAAGAUGUAAAUGAAACAAACACUGAUUCUGAAGAGUUUGGUUUGUCCUACCCUGACUUUGGAUUCAAUGUGACAGCUGUCAAGGACAUAACUCAGUGUAUGGUGGAAGGUGUCGUGUUUGAUGAUUUUGAAUUCAUCCCUAGUACUGAUCAGUGUGAAAUAUGCCAAUGUAUUGUUGGUAAGAUUGAGUGUUAUGUAAAGUCUUGUGAUACUCAGAUUCCAACUGGAAACUGUAUUUCAAGACAGGAGCCAGGGAACUGCUGUCCUAAUUAUGUAUGUCACGAGGACCAAGAGAACCCAUUAGAUCAGUUGGAUCAGGAUGAACAAGACGACCUGGAAAAUCAGAAGAAUAAUCUGAAAGAGGGGAUUUCAGAGGGUUCAGAUUUGUUUAUUACAGAUGAAGAUUCUCAAGAUAACAUUGAGGAUGGGUUUGAAGGUUCUGGAGGGGUUGAAGACCCUGAGAUAGGUUUGGCUUCAGCUCCGAGUACAGGUCUAGGCAGACAGGAGGAGUUACCAGUGAAUAUUGAUGACGCAAAGGAUAUUCUAAACAGUGUUAAGACAACAAUCAUGGAUAUAUUUGCCAACGCCACCAGCAUCUUCAAGGACAUCAAUCUUUCAUCUGAGGUUGACACUACACCAACUAACACUACAGACAGUGAAACAAACAAAAAUAACAACGCCUUAGAAGAUUUGAAUAAUGGUAAAAACACUAGCCUUGAAACUGCUGCGACAAAUCAAGAAUUCAAUUUGACAGAUGCCACACUUACAAUGGAAUCAGUAACCUCUUUAAACAUUCCUGAAAAUACUGUUAAACCCUUUGAAGAAGUUACUCUCCCUUCCUUUGAUGUUACUCUGCCUGUAAACCACUCUGAUACUGAUAUGAAGACAGAAAAAGAGGCAGAAUCAACAACUGGAAUAUUUAAUGAUAUUGGGAUAGAUUUGGCAGAGAAUGAAGAUGAAAAACUAAACACCACUGAGACAGAUUACUCUGAUGAUAUUUUGAAUGGAUCUAAUACCACUGGAGCAACUGGAAUUUAUGAGAAGGUUAACGAGGUAACCACAGUGCAGACACAAACUGAAUUAGCCACAGAUGAUUUAAAACCUGAAAUAAGUGAUGUUGACAACCAAAUUGAAGUCACUGACAAAUCAGACAUCAAAUUUAGCACAGUCAAAGAAGAUGAGUAUUUUCUUAAAGUGACUACAACAGAAAAAAGUGAUUCAUUCAUGUCUGAAAACACUGCAACAAUAGCCAAUAGUGUAGUUAUGGAAGAAGCUAUUGGAAAAAAGGAUGUCAGAGUAUUCUUAAAUUUUACUUGGAAAGGGGACAAUUUCCAAAUUGAAGAAGUAUUUGAUGAUGACAAGUUUCAAGGAAACAUCACAGAUAAACUCAUGAAGAUCUUGAACCAUGGUGUGGGAUAUGUGAUUGUUCCAGAUGGGGAGUUCCCUGAAAUAGACACCAAUAACACAGUUGAGCUGGUACAAACUAUUCAGCUUGACUUCCAGGACAAUAUUGUGAUUGAUACUAUGAUACUUGGAACCCAACCAGGCAUACUGCACCCGGAAGAUUUAAAGUACAUUUCAAACAUUGAACAGAAGACAAAAGAUAUUGUUAAAGAGAUAUUUCAAAGUAUGGAAGAUGAGAUUUUGCAAACAACAGAAAGUUCUUUUGACUCCAAUGAAAAUGCAGCCAAUUUCAGCACAAUAGAGGAAACAACUGAUAUCCCAACAACAACAUCUCAAAAUGAUCUUCAGGCUAUUAAAGAUGCAAAUACAAUGUCAACAGAUUUGAAAUUCUUAUUUGUUACAAUGAAAUCGAUUAUUGAAAGUGAUUCAGCAACAACACUUGAUGCUACAAGUACAAUAGGAUCUUCAGAUAGCCCUUUCUUCAACCCAGAAGAAAUCUUUGAAGAUUUUGCAAGUAACUCUAAUCCGAGAACAGCGGAUAUCAUUAGAAUAGGACAAAAAGUAGAUGCCGACAACAAUGCCUACUUUAAAAUUCAGAUUCACCAUGAUAUAUUGACGGCGGAUCAGGCCAAGAAAGCUAAGAACAUUAUCAUUGCCAUCUUAAAAUCAUCCUUCGGAGAGAAGGUGGAGAUUAAUGAAUCUGACCUCAGCUUUGAGUUCAUAGACAAGGCAGAUCUCAAGCAGAUUAUAAAACUACAUGAAAACACAGUUCAAACUUAUAUCAGUGAACUAGAUGAUGAGCAGGAAGUAGUUUACAGAGAAAUCUUUGAUAAGAUUGAGGCACUCUUGACAGAGGAAAAUGAAGUCCCUUCGAAUGAGAAUACACCCAAACCAUCAAUAUUAAAAUCUGAAACAGUUGCUAUAGUUUCAAUUCAGUCGCCUUUUGAUAUAUCACCUGAGGAUCUGAAAAAUCUCAAAGUCAUUAUCAGGGAAAAUACAGGGAUCAAUUCAGAACUUUUCAACAAUCCUCCACCAAAGGUUUUACUUUCUCAGUUGAACACCAAGAAUAAUUCAAUUUUCAUAGAUACAAAAAUAGAUAAAAGAGGAAAUGUGAACAGUAACUUUUUCCAGAAUCAAAUCUCUUACAAUAGCCUGGAGGAUGAGAAAGAUGGUGAGGAUGAGGUUGGAUCUCUGGGAGUUCUUGUGAGUGAGGAAAUAAAGAAAUUCAUCAAGAAUAGAAUAAUUGAAGGCCCACCUUCCUCCGCUACCAUGGUCCCAGUUCCUCCAAGGUCCUCAUUAAAUUCUUCUGAAGAAAACACCGGUGAUGUUGCAAAAGCUACUCUUAACAAGGAUUUUGCAGGAAAUCCUCUCAUUAACAGUGUGAAUAGUUCUCAGGAGUUAGAAGAUAUAUAUAGUACAGACUCAGUCACAGGGAAAUAUGAACAAACGUCUUUUGAAAAGAAGGAAGAAAAUUAUAUCGCUGAUGAAAAUGAAGAAUCCAUGGAAAUCUUUACAACUACUGAAUCUGUCUCCUAUACCAUAGGAGGAAGUUUUCUUGAUGAAAUAAUUGAAGAUUCUGCAAUUCAACUAGUUAUGAACACUGAAGAUCCCAUCAAUGUAUUAUCAGAAGUUCAAAUGAAAACUUCUAUCCCUGCAGAAGUUAAAGACAGUACCACUGUUGUGGGAAUAACAGAAAAUGUAAAAGAUAACAAUGUAACUGGAAUAAAAGAAAGUACCACUAGUAACGUAAUAGCUGGAAUUGAUGAAAGUUCUACCACUAACAGUUUAGAUGGAAUCGAUGAAAGUACUUCUGAAAUUAGAGUAGCUGGAAUUUUUGGAAGUACUACUAACCGCAUUUUUCCUGGAAUUAAUGAAAGUACUACUGAUAAAACUCAAAAUGGAAUUAAAGAAAGUACUGCUGAUAACGGUUUAGCUGUGAUUUAUGAAAGUACUGCUGAUAAAACUGAAACUGGAAUUGAAGACAGCACUACUGAUAAAAGUUUAACUGGAAAAAAUUACAGUACUACUGCAAACAGUUUAGCUGGAAUUAAUAAAAGUACUACCGAAGGUAAUGUAGCUGUAAUUGAAGAAAGUAUUUUAGAUAGCAUUGUAAUUGGAAGUGGAGAAAGUACUACUGAUAACAAUGCAGCUAGAUUUAAUGAGAGUAUAACUUCAGAUAUAAACAUAGCUGUAAUUGAAGAAAGUGGUACAGACAGAACUGUAACUGUAACUGAUGAAAGUAGUGUAGCUGAAAUUAAAGAAAGUACUGCAGAUAGCAUUGUAAUUGAAAGUGGAGAAAAAAAUACUGAGAAAACUGUAUCUGUAAGCAAAGAAAAUGAUACAGAUAGCAAUGCAACUGGAAUUGGAGAAAGUAACACUGAUGACAGUGUAGCUGGAAUUGUUGAAAGCACUGCCGAUAACAGUUUAGUUGGUUUGGUUAAAAGUACUACUGAUAUCAGUGUAGAUAAAAUACAACCUAGAACUACUGCUAAGAGUGUAGUUGGAAUUAAUGAAAGUGCUACUGAUACCACCAUAACUAAAUUGAAUGAAAUUACUACUGAUGACAGUGUAGCUGGAACUGAUGAAAGUACUACUAAUAAUAUUGUUGCCAGAGUAAAAGAAAGUGCCACUGAUACCAGUAUGGCUGAAUUGGAUGACAGUACUACUGGCGACAGUGUAGUUGAGUUCGCCGGAAGCACCACUGAUAAUAGUGUAACUGGAAAUGAUGGAAGUGCUAUUGAUAACAGUGUAGCUGGAAUAGAAGAAAAUACCAAUAAAAACAGUUUUAUUGGAAUUGAAGAAAUAACUACUGAUAACAUUGUUACUGGAAUUAACGAGAGCACCACUGAUACCAUUGUCACUGGAAUUGAAGAAAAAACUACUGAUAACAUUGUAACUAAAAUUGGAGAAAGUCCUACUGCUUACGGUGUAGCUGGAAUUGAUAAAAGUACUACUGAUAACAGUGUAGUGAAAACUGGCGAAAGUGCUACUGAUAAAAGUGUUGCUGGAAUAAAAGAAAGUUCUACUAUAGCUAUUACUGGAUUAAAUGAAAAUGCUGCUGAAAACAGUGUUGCUGGAAUUGAUGAAGGAAGCACUACUGGUAACAGUGUAACUAGAAAUGAUAAUAGUAUUACUGACAACAUAGUAACUGGAAUUGGAGAAAGUACUACUGAUAACAGCAUAUCUGGAAUUUAUAAAAGUACAAUUGUUAACAGUGUAGCUGGAAUUGAAGAAAGUACUAAUGAUAACAGUGUAGCUGGAAUUGAAGAAAGUACAAUUGUUAACAGUGUAGCUGGAAUUGAAGAAAGUACAAUUAAAAACAUUGUAGCUGGAUUUAAAGAAAGUACUAUUGAUAACAUUCUAUCUGGAUUUAAAGAAAGUACUACUGCAAAUAUAGUUAAUGAAAUGAAAGCUAGUGUUAACAUUGGUGAGGAAGUAGAAGAAAGUUCACCUGAAACCAUUUUGUCUGGUGCUAAAGAGAGUGCUGGUAAUAAUAAUGUAACUGGAAUUGAUGAAAGUACCCCUGAAACUUUUGCAGCUGGAAUGAAAGAAAAUACUAUGGAUGAAAAAGAAGAAGAUAUCAGUACUCUAAAAGCUGCAAAUACAGAUAGUAAGAAAACAGGAUCUGAUGAUGAAAUUUCUAAGGUGUAUGAUGAUGAUGUAUCAUCUGAUUACAAUGAUAACAUUAAAGAAGACACCACAGAAUCCCAAGAUACAACAAACCCACCUGCCAACCCUGAGUUUAUUGAUGAAAAUAAUGAAGUGUCUGUUACACAAAAAACAACAACUUCCAAGGUGUUUAACUUACAGACAACCAUCAAGCCCCCAAGUGAUUCAAAAAAGAUCCAAGAGAAGAUCAUUGAAACACUCGCAAAGCUGUUUGUAAAAACUCUUGAUUUGUCUAUCAAGAUAAAAAGUGCCAUAGAUGAAAAUUCAAAGAAUAAUAUCCUAGAAAUUGUAUCUCGAAAGGAUGAGAACGAAACUCCCCCUGAAAGUUUUGUUGUGCCAAAUCUGAUCAAAAUUACUCCUGAGGAUGCAGUGGAAAUCAGAAAUGAUCCGGUAGAGACUGAAGGGGAAAUUAAACCCAUUAUCAUCCUCAUCGAGGAUAAUAACAACCUGAUCAUCAAUGAUACUAAUGGAAAUGUUCUUGAACUUGACUUCUCUGAUCUACCAACUGAUCCUGUGGAUCGUGAAAACAUAAUUAGAUCAAAGAUAAGAGAUCUUCUUCAAGAUGUGUUCAUCACGCCCGAAGUGCCUGAAACCUUCCCCAAAACAUCAUUAUCUGAUGAGAUUAUUAAGAAUAUAACUCAGAUCGUUCUCCUAAAAAUGGAAGAGAGUCUGAGCUCUCUACCAAACUUGAAAAAUGUAGUUUUGAAUCAAGACAAAAUGGCCGACAAUGGAAGUAAUGACAACUUCAGUAUUCAGUUGGAGAAUUUCUCUAAACAAGAUUCUGGUGAAACAUCAACAGUUUUAACAACUUCUUCAGGAGAAUCUUCAGUUUCCAUAACAACACCAACAACAGCAACUUUUCCUUCAUCAUCUACAUCUACCAUUUCACCGCAGGAGUUUGAGAAGGAAUCCACAAGGAUCAUCAACGAGGUUCAGAACACUAUUUCUGGAAUCAUCAAGGACGUCGUCGCUUCUAAGCAGAACGAGAGCAAGGAGCAGAAUCUUGAUGAUGUUAUCCGUCUAAUCAACGAAGCCAUUCCUGAGGAUGUGGCAUUGAAAGCCCUAAAGGUUGAUGAGAAGGAGUUGAAGAAUAAGAUUGUUGAAACUGUGGGGGGAAUUCUGACUAAUCAGGAGAUUGAAAGAGUAGUUCGUCUGAGGAAUAGGACCCAGGAACUAGAUGAGACGAUCAACCUAGUGGAUAUGCCACUUCUCAAUGAUAGGGUUACAACUGUAUCUUCUCUACCCUCAUCUCCUGCUCCAACUCCAGCUAGAACUACAGCUAAGAUCCUCUAUGAGAUAGAUUUAACCAACAUAGAUGGAAUUGAAAAGACCGAAUAUGACUCUAGCAUUCUGGACCAAUCAGAGGUUACAACCACAGUUUUCAACAAGGAGAGAAAGGAAUAUGUUGAAAUACCAAACAUCACAGAGAAAUUAAAUAUUUUUGCAACAAUACCGACUGAUCUCAGUAAGGAAUCUUCAGCAGAACUUGAAAAUUUGGUUGAUUCUAUUACAUCAACAUCAACAUCAACACCAACAUCAAUAUCUUCGACAAUAUCUUCAACAUUAACACCAACUAUAACGUCAACUUCAUCUUCAGAAUCAACCAUAAGUUCAACAUCAACACUAGCAACAUCAACAACACCAACAGCACCAACAACAUCAUCAAUAAUAGAUUUUGUAGACAGAAAUGAUAAGUUAACAAUGGAAGAUGAUAGGUUAGCCGUUGAAGAUGAAAGGCUAGUCAUGGAAGAUGAAAAACUAGCCAUUGAAGAUGAGAGAUUAGCCAUUAAAGAUGAAAAGCUAGCCGGGGAAGAUGAGAGAUUAGCCUUGGAAGAUGAGAGAUUAGCCAUUGAAGAUGAAAAGCUAGCCGUGGAAGAUGCAAAGCUAGCCGUGGAAGAUGCAAAGCUAGCCGUGGAAGAUGCAAAGCUGGCCGUGGAAGAGGAUAAAUUAGCCGUUGAAGAUGAAAAGCUAGCCGUUAAAGAUGAAAAGCUAGCCGCAGAAGAUGAAAGGCUAGCUGAGGAAGAUGAAAAACUAUAUGAGAAAGAUGGACAGUUAGCAAAGGAAGAUGAAGGGUUAACCGUGGAAGAAGUGAAAUUAGCCGAUGAGGACAUAAACUUGGAUAUAGAGGCUGAAGUGAGCGUGGUCACUGCUGAGGUUGAGGCUGAUUAUGAAGAUGAAUCUGAGAAUGAAAUCGAUGAUGGUCCUCCAUUGAUAUUCCUGGAUGCUUCACAAGAUAAAUCAGAUGAUGUUCAGAAUAUAAUACAGGAUGGAGGGUUGUUUGCAGAUACAUCUAACUCUGGUGUAGUAAAAGCUACGGUUAUAGAAGAUACUUCUUAUGCCAGAUCUAUUCGCCCUCCAUCUGUUGGUAUUGCAGCAAUAGUAUCAAUAGUUAUAGGAACAUUGGCUCUACUCUGCUUCUCAUUAAUGGUUUUCCUCACAAUGGCCAGAAGACGAAGGAUGCUAGAAGAGACGACAUCUCAGACAGCUUACACAUCAACCUCAAGAUAUACUCCAGAGGGAACACAUUCAUUCGUCAGUGAUUUGAAGCAGCCCUACGCUGCGGAGGAAUAUUCUCCCAAUGUUUCAGCUUCAGAAAUUCACAGGGAUGAUGUUGUUAUCCCAGUUGACGGUCAUCAGACUAUAAUUGGAUCGUUCGAGGAUUUCCUUGAAGUUCCAGCCAGUUCAAGGCCCAGUAUUCUCAGCUCUCUUCCUCCACCCCCAAAUUCGGAAAACAUUGUCAGACCAACCCACGAGAUGAAGGAAUCAGAGUACAGCUUUACUCCACGAGGAUACAACGCGCUGGUCUAGCCUGUACAGUACACUGUACACUGUACAGUAUACACUGGUCCAGUGAGAGUCAGCUGUUUUAUAUACCAAACCGAAACCAGAAUAUAUUGUUGAUUAGACCAAAAAAUGAGCGCCAUUGUUGUAAAAUGGCGAAUUAAAAUAUAACAAAGAUAACUAGGCAUUUAAAAAUAAAGUAUUUGUUGUUAUAGUUAGGUUUAUAAACCUAAACCAAUGCCAUAAAGAUGAAAGUUAAAGAUUGCAAACUGCAUGCAGAGUGCAAAUGCAAUAAGAUGCAAUCCCAAAAAAAUCAAAAAAGGAAAUUUUUACUUUCUCAUAUUUAAAACAUUUAGAAUUUAAAUAAAACAAUUUUAGAUACCCUUUUAAAGUACAACCUUAAUGGAAGUGUUUGCGAAAAAUUAGAGUGGAUAUUGGCUGAACCCGAAUUGAAUUCGGGUUUGAUCGCUACUAAUUUUACUUUUAUAAUCUAUAUAUGUUGCGUAUAUAGGGAGAAAAUGGUUAAAACACCUUUUAAACAAAAGACUGGAACCAUUUUCUCCUUAUAUACGCAAGAGAUUGAAGUAAAAUUACUAGUGAUCAUACCCGAAUUCAAUUCGGGAUUAUCUUAUACCACCUUUCAUUUUUCGCGAACACUCCCUUUAUAAAUUGUACUGUGAAAUGUACUGCCAAUAUUGUUACAACCAGUAUUAGAGUGUAUAUAUAUAAUAUUGACAUGGUCUAGUCAGAGAUUUUUGAUUUUUCCUUGAAUUAGAAAACUUUAUGAAAUGGUGCUCUUCCUUAAUAUAGUAAACCUGUAACAUGAACCAGUGUGUGAUCAAAUAUAUAAUUAUGUGUUAUUAUUUCAUGUUUUUUUAUUUUUAUAAAAAGUUGUACAAAAUUA